UCAUCCAACCUUGUUACCAUGAACCGAAGUGUUAUCUUCCUCCUCUGCAACACCCUGCUAGCUUUGACUAGGGCUCAAGCACCCUCACCACCCACAACCACCAGCUGUCGCUGCCCACAAGUUAAUAAGAGUAUCUCCAGCCUAAAACCUUUUGAGAAACUUGAUGUGAUUCUCCCCAGUUCUCUAUGUCCACGCCCUGAGAUCGUAGGCAUAGUGAAGGAUACCAAGGAACAAGUAUGUCUGAAUUCAGAUACCCCAACCAUGAAGGUUGUACUGAAAACAAUUAGAAGGACAAGGUCUUAAACAUCUCCUGUCAACAACUGAAGACACAUACUCUGCAUGUGGUUGGCAAGGUUUAACCAGGAUGAAGCCCUCC